CACGGACACAGAGCAACAGCCCGCUCCGCUGGAGAGCGCAACUCGGCCUCGCCUUCGCCCCCAGCACACUUCACUUCUUCGCUUGUCGCGUCACUUGCUCGCCCACGCCCUCCCGCGCCCUCUAUCCCUUCCGACGCAAAAGCCUUCACGACUGCCUUUCGCUCGCAGAAAGCCCUCUUCGAGCAGCUGCUUGCGGUGAUCAUCAAGCCGGCCGGGACGCUGCUGCAGCUCGCAGCCGUAGCUCGCCCUGGGGGCUGACCUCACACCGCACCCCUUUUGCAUGCAGCGAGGCUUUUUCCUGCAUUCGACCGGCUUGUCAACCGAGCGACUUCCAUCAUGGCUGACAUCGACGACGAGCUCCUUGCCCUCGCGGGCGGUGACUCGGAGGAUGAGGGCUCCGUCCGCUCCAGCAGAAGGCCGUCGCCGUCGCCGCCGCCCAGGGACUCGGGCAAGUCCAAGAAGGCGAAACGCGCACCUAAAGACGAUGAGUCCGAGGAAGAGGGCGAAGCAAUUUCCAGAGCUUCAUCACCAAACUCUCUCGAAUCGGCACCAAUGGAUGAAUCGGACUCAGACGACGAGCAGCCCUCUCGUGCUCGCGCUGCCGCGGCGCCUCGCGGCGGCGACGAUGACAAGUACCCCGUCGAUGGCAUGUUCAUGAGCCAGACCGAAAAGGCGGAGAUUAUGGCUCUCCGUGAAGUCGAGCGAGAACAGAUCAUUGCGGACCGUAUCUCUGAGAUUGAGCGCCAGCGCCAGAACCGUUUACUUCGCCAGAUGGUCACCACCGCUGAGAACGAGGAGCGCAAGGCAGUCAAGAAGAAGAGGAGUGCCGACACUGCCGAGCUCGAGGAUGACGAUCGCAGAUCGUCCCGCCAGCGCACCGGCAAGCCAGCUGAGACGGCCAUGGACUCACUUCGCCGCGCCAGAGCCGAGAAGCAGAGGCGGAAGGAGGACCACGAGCGCCGAAAGGACUACUCGCCCAGGCGGGACUCGCGCGAGCCCGAGAGCGAUGACGACUUUGGACGGCGGCGGAGCCUUACGCCGGAGAAGGAACUCGACAAGGAGCUACCCCCGCCGGAGCUCAAGGACUACGAAAAGGUGCGAGUUGGCCGGAAUCAGUUCGCCCAGGUGUGCCAGACGCCUGGCUUCGAGGCUGCCAUCACGGGGUGCUACAUUCGGGUGGCGGUCGGCACACAUCCCGAGACGGGCAUAGAGCAGUAUCGAAUGGCGUUGAUUAAAGGCUUCACAACGAGUAGACCUUAUGCGAUUAUGAGUCCCAAUGGGGCUUUCGUCACUGACCAGUACGUGAAGGCGGCACAUGGCAAGUCCGUCAAGGAAUUUCCGUUCAUUGCCGCCUCGAACGGAAAGUUUGACGCGGCCGAGCUCAAUCGCUACCAAAUUACAUGCAACAACGAAGGCGUGACGUUACCCACACGGGAAUUCUUGUGGGACAAGGUUGAUGCCAUCAACGCUCUCCUGGCCCACAAGUGGACGAGCGAGGAAAUCAAAGCGCGACUAGCGAAGCGCAACGAGUUGAAACGACAAUUUGACCCCGCAGAACGUGAGCGUGUUGCUCGACUGCUCGAUGAGGCCGCCUCGAGAGGUGAUGAAGAGGAGGCGGACAGGCUGCAACAGGAGCUCGACAAGCUUGGCAACAAGCGCCUGGCGUUUAAGACGACGCUGGGGCCGUCGAAGCUGACGGACACGGCGGCGACUUCUACGGAGCAGGACUGGCUGGCGGAGCGAAACCGAGAGAACCGACGCAUGAACGCCGAGCUCGUCCGCAAGGCCCAACUUAAGGAGAAGGCCAAGGCGCGCGAGGUGGAGAGGGCCAUCAGCCGAGGCGAGGCAGUUCCCGACGACCCCUCUCGGCGGCUGCGGACAAAGGCCAAGUUCGUCCACGACGUCAACGACACACCCCAGAAGCCGUCGCAGAACGGUAGUGCCGCAAGCACGCCAGCCAAUGGGGGCACGCCCAAGGUGGCGCCUACGAAGCCGCAGAUGGCGUCGCACCUGGCCAAGCUGCAGGAGAAGAAGUACGAGGAGAGCAAGGGGCUCCCCAUGAUCCACAAGCCACUCAUGGACGACGACGUCAUUGGUGCGCUCGACCUGGAUAUCGAUGUUGAGAUCUGAGCACUCGCGGCUGGGUUUCAUGGGAAGUGAUAUCGGGCGUUUUGCUCUACGUAGCGGCUGUGCGGGGGCGCCCGGUGUGGCGUAGGCUCGCAUGGAUGGCGUUUUUUCUUUGGCUGCGAAGUUGGGCUGGGUUCAUCUAGGAAGGAAAAGGGAGAAAGCGAGGGGACGGCUCAAGCUGUUGCGCAGAGGCGAGGCGAGAAGCGAGGCGUGCGUGUGUGCAUUAGAAGAAAAGAGCUGCCCCGUCGGCAGUCGAGUCGAUACAUGACGACUCGAGUACAAAAACACAAAGGAC